GCAGUAGGGGUUUUACAGUGGGAGAUGACUUAGAAGGGCAGAAAACAAGCACGAGAUGUCACCAAAGAAGCCAGGAGCUGCUGAUCGCAUCCCAGGCACAUCACUGAGCGAGGGCACGAAGACGACGUCCCGCAGGGCACGAGGACGACGUCCCCCAGAGCCGGGCUGCCGGGGGCCUCACGCCGCGAGAUGACGGCCAUCCUGGAGCGCCUCAGCACGCUGUCCCUCAGCGGGCAGCAGCUCAGCCGCCUCCCCCGGCUGCUGGAGGACGGCCUCCCCAAAAUGCCCUGCACCGUCCAAGAGGCCGAGGUGCCGCAGCUCUUUCGGGAGCCGUACAUCCACGCCGGGUACCGUCCCACCGGCCAGGACUGGCGGUACUACUUCCUCAGCCUCUUCCAGAAGCACAACGAGGUGGUCAACGUGUGGACUCACCUCCUGGCGGCGCUGGCCGUGCUGCUGAGGUUCAAGACGUUCGUGGAGGCUGAGCAGCUGCCCGUGGACGCGUGGUCCUUGCCUCUGUUCAUCUUUGUCCUCUCCUCCGUCACCUACCUGACCUGCAGCCUCUUGGCCCACCUGCUGCAGUCCAAAUCGGAGCUGUCCCACUACACCUUCUACUUCGUGGACUACGUUGGAGUCAGCAUCUACCAGUACGGUAGUGCCCUGGCCCAUUUCUACUACAGCUCCGACCAAGCCUGGUACGACAAGUUCUGGCUUUUCUUCCUCCCGGCUGCUGCUUUCUGCGGCUGGCUGUCCUGCGCCGGCUGCUGCUACGCCAAAUACCGCUACCGACGGCCCUACCCCAUCAUGAGGAAGAUGUGCCAGGUGAUCCCAGCCGGGCUGGCCUUCGUCUUGGACAUCAGCCCCGUGGCUCACCGGGUGGUCGUGUGUCACCUGGGGGGCUGUGAGGAAGACGCCGCUUGGUACCACACCUACCAGAUACUGUUUUUCCUUAUCAGUGCGUAUUUCUUCUCCUGCCCGGUCCCCGAGAAGUACUUCCCUGGCUCCUGCGAUAUCGUCGGCCAUGCCCACCAGAUCUUCCACACCUUCCUGGCCAUCUGCACCCUCUCCCAGCUGGAGGCCAUUUGCUUGGAUUACAAGAACAGGCAGGAGAUUUUCCUAAAGAGACACGGGCCUUUCUCCAUCUAUCUCUCCUGCGUCUCUUUUUUCGGCCUGGUGGCUUGUAGCGCCCUCACAGCUUACGUCCUGCGAUGCAGGAUCAAGGCCAGCCUGGUGAAAAAGGACUCCUGAGGGUCGUGGAGGCGACGGGCACGACACCACCGGGGUGGUGCAAACCAAGAAAAGGGGCAUAGCGUAUUAGAGACGUAACUGGCUUAUUUGCCUAACACACUGUGACUAACCUGCACCUUGGACUUGGGUGGAGGGCUGGAUACUUCGUGCUGGAUGCGUUCUCACAGCAGGGGCUGCCUUCUGCCCUGCGGGGGGACGGGGAGGGUUAAGCCAGAACAAGUCACUUAACCAAGGAUGCUGGAAUAGGCAGAGGUUUCUUGUUCACUCUGGCAAACCUAGGGGAGUUAUCUUGCUGAAUGUCAGGGAAGGCAGCCUGAGGGCUGUGAAGCCAUAGCGGGGUCUCCCAGGCUCACAAGGCGGUGGAGAACCCGCCAUGAGGCCCAGAGGUGCACGUGGUGACCUCUUUGGGUUUUGCUGUCUCUGCUGUCUCUGAGGAGACCUGUUAGCAUCAAAGGCAGUAGCAAGGUUUCGGGAGGGGUCCACACUUCUAGGGUUCGGUUGCGAAGGGUAUGUGUGGUACAGUGGCUGCAACAAUCCUUCUCCUAGCUGGGCUAAGCCAGGUUCUCUCUACGACCUCCUUCUCAAGUAUCUCAGUGCCAGGUUGCUGAGGUGGCAUCAGCAAAGCAUCUAGACCUGGACUUGACCUUCUUUAGGAUGAACUGGGUCUGAACUUGCGUGUCUGCCAGGCACUGGUGUGGGUCCAGCCACCCCCGGCCCAGGUGGGGAUGUCAGCUCAUCUCCAUCUUCUCCAUCUGCAUGGUUGCACCAUCUGCAGCGGAGCUGUCAGGCUGUCCCAAGUCUUCGAAGGCUCCUCUCUUCCAUUUUAACAGCUUACUUGCCUUUGAGGAGCUGCUCGUGGCUCAGGGUGGAGCUGGUUUUCGCAGCCUUCCUCAGGAGCAGUGGUAGAGGCUGAGCUCCCCGGCGGCCACCAGCGUUCAGGGUGCGGGCGCUGGGAGGGGAAACGCAUUCGAUGCUCAGCGCCUCAUUUUAGAGCCACAGAGCAGCUGGUAGGGACCUUAAAGAUCAUCUGGUCCCAACCCCCUGCCAUCUUGGCUGCCUGUGUGUGACAUGUUCGUGAAUUCCUGCGUAGACUGACCCCGUAUCAUCUGCCACACGAGUCUGGCUGACUUCCAACGCUGCCCACAUGGUGUAGAAGUAACUUGGGUGUGAUCGGUCUGACAGGGGAAAGGCUCCAGGCCCUGGGCCUCCAGCAGCCCUAGGAUGGUCGUGGCCAACAGGGGAUGAAAGUGAAGUGGAUGUGAAGCCUUUGUUCCCCUCUUAAUGGUUCUUUUCGGGAUGCCAAGCAAUCCUUGGUGGGCCUCGAAGCUGACCGUGAAGCUUCAAGGUUGCUCUUCUCUGACCCAUAGGGCUGUGGAUCGGGCACGUUUUUAUCAGCACUAGAUGAAGGUAGAGUGGCAAAAGGCAGGAGCAGGUUGACAGAAUUAAGGUUCUUUGUAAUCCCGGGAUGGGUUUGUCCUUGGAACAUGGUGAUUCUCGUGUGGGGUAGCAAAGACAGUGGUCAGGGAUACUCGAUGUCCAUGGCUCACUCCAGUCCAAGGUGUAGGAAGGGUUGGUUUAUGGUGUCCACAAGUAGAUGAGUCUCUUCUGGGUUUGCGGAGGGGAAUAUCAGGUAUGGAGCCACAUAUCUGCACGGGAGUCGGUAGCACUUACAGGACUGAUGCUGAGAGCCCUCGCAGAGACCUGUUCCAUUCAGACCAGACACCUCCUCUCUGACCCACUGCUCACUUUCCACACUAAGCUCUGGGUCCUCCCAGCUGUACGCUACGCAAGACCUGAAGCCUCAUAUGCCCUGACAUCUCCAGGAGGUACAGAUCUUUGCUGAAAGCCAGGGAGGCGUGGGAUCUACUCCAGCCAGGGAUCUCUCUCACUGAAUCCAAGGGCAGGCAAACGAAUUGUGGUUGCUGGUACUGAGCAGGCAGGGUUUAGGGUUGGGGAUAUGAUUUAUCAUGACAAGCACUGAUUUCUGCACUUGAUCUGUUUUUUUUACUAUUGAGAUGUGUUUAUGUAUGUGUGUGCAUGCCUGGUUUAACAUCCAGGAAGGCUUUGCCUUUGGCUUUUUUGUCUACAGAGCUUCCUAGUUGUUUCAAGAUUAGUUUGAAGGAAAUACCACCACGCUGCUGGAGGAGCACGGUGGGCCAGACAACAGCAUCUCUGAAAGCUCAGCUAUUAACGGGUGCUUUGCUGCAACCUGCGUUUUGUGGACAAACCUGGAAAUCUGGCCUCCUCGACAGCCUGGAUACAAAGGAGGAGGGGAGAAAUUUUUGAUGACAGGAGAAGAAACCGUAGGAGAGACUUCAAGAGGUCUUCUAGUCCACCCUUUCUCAUCACUCUAGGCUUCCAGUUCCAGCAACGGCAGCGGGUUGCUCAGGGAGUUCGGCCACACCGAUGGACUUCUCCCUCUGUGGUCUUUGCAGCAUUACGUGUGGGUCUCUGGCUUCUGUGCAGGAAGGGGAAAAAACCAUGGUGGUGCCCAGCUCCUUUUUGGGCUAAAACAGAGGGAGUGGGCACCGCUAGCAGCCAGCCGUGCUCUGCUCUUACCUGGUUAUACCGGUACCAAAAGACAGGGAUCACACAGGCAUUUCCUUCUCUAAGGCUUUGAAAACAGAUGAGAUGUUCAGCCCCUGGCUAAGGAGGAUGACUACUGUAACGCCACCCAGUUCACAGCGGGGUAGGAGGUGCCCCAUGACUCUCCCGAGGUAUUUCUGGCCGUAUGUCAUCUCCUGCCUGGUCCAGCAGAAGUGAAACUUCUCCUCGUGGAGCAACCGUUGUGUGACAGCGGUGGUGUUUCUACAUCCUCCCACGUUAGCCCUCAGCUGAGGCCACUCCUGUCCCCGUGGGGCCCUGCGCUCGGACCUGGAGCUGACCUCCUGGUCACUAUGACGGGUUAAUUUAGCAGGGAGCCACCACACGGGUCGCUGCUGCUGUGAGGAUGCACCCUUGGUGUCACAGGGCGCUUGUCUCCACUGGAGCUUCCUCCAUCCCCGUCUCCAUCCUCCUCCUCUUCCUCCAACGAGCGUAUCUCUUUCAGGACUUCAUCCGUGUGCCUUACACACCUGGUCACCUACCUGCGCAGGCUCCACACGCCGAGCAGUCUGCAGCACCUCAGCGGGGCCGGGAAGUGGCUGCAGACCCUCCUGAAAGCCGUGCCAUUGAUCUAGGGGAGAGCAGGGCUGCGUUUUGAGGGAGUAAAAGUGCUGCUGUGCUGAACGGUCAGCCCAUCUGAGGGCCUGUCGGGGUCUUCUCCUUGGGCUCGCUGCUUGGAGCACGCCUUCCUCCAUCCUGGUGCUCCUAAGGAGGCGCGGCUGGGAAGGGCGAACCGGUGGCAGGGGUUUGGUGAAGAGGAGGCCGUCAAAGGUUGAUCACGAAGGGACCCAAGUCCUAACCCUCACCCCCAGGAAUCUCCACUCCUGAGAUAGUAUUUUAGCAGAUCUUGCAGCCUGGAUCUGUACAGGUCAAUUGAGAAGUCAUCCCAACGUGCCUUACGCUGUCACCUCCUGGGUUUUCUGCUCUCUGCUGGUCCAUGGCUGCUUUUACCGGGGGCUGGCUUUGCCUGGUGUACGGGGCAGAAGAGGAGGAUGGAGAAAGGUGCCUUAAACUUGCCUUAAACUUGCAGUUAUGCCUAGUGAUUUGUGUAGCAGGGCAAGGACGGGUUCCUCAUGUGCCUUGCAAUUUACAGCUUUUACUGACGAGAUUAUUUUUAAGCACUGUUUUUUACUAAACAGAAGUACAAAAGAGUUUUUUGUUUUGUUUUGUUUCGUUUUUUUUUUUCCCCUGGGAAACAGGGAAGGAUAUGGGUGUUAGAUACUAACCAUCCCCUUCCCACCUCCCAUCUGCUGACUUUGUAUUGGUGAAAACAUUGACAAUAUUUUAAGC